AUGGCCAACACCUCCAACGCCGCUGCCACUGCCAUCACCAGCGCCCCGAGGAAGGCGCAAUCCGCGGGACAGGAUGCUCCGCGGAAGAGGAGGAGAAAGACUUCGAGCGGAGCGCAGGACGAUUGCUUUGCGUGUCGGAGGCAGGCACGCUCGUGCGACCGCAAGAGGCCCUACUGCACCCAGUGCCUCGAGAGCGGGAGGGAAUGUUCGGGAUACAAGACGACGUUGACCUGGAACGUCGGCGUCGCCAGCCGCGGCAAGCUGCGAGGCCUCUCGUGCCCCGUGACUGCCAAGACCCCCGGCGGCGACGACAAUGUCUCCAACGAGCAUUCCCGCCAACAGAAGAGCACUACGAAUAAGGUCAAGGAAGAGAACAAGUCCGUGUCCACCACCACAUCACCCGGCCGCCCUUCGCACCAACCCCGACGCUCCUCUCCCACUUCUGCACCUUCAUAUCGUCCAUCCCUACCGACAAUUCCCUCUGCACACGACGGCUGGCAGGGUGCCGACUUCCAACCACACUACCAACCACACACCCCAGCUCCAGUACCACUACAUCUAUCCUUGCAGCACAUCCGAACAGCAUUCGGCCCGCAGUAUGAUGGACCACAUUCGGGUAGCUCCGUCGCCUCGCACACCGAUACCGACUUCCAUUCGCCCUUCGAAUACCCCCAAACUCCUGGAUCUGUGACACAUCACGAUCCUCUCACUGCGCCGCCUUCUUACACGAGCGCGCCGUUCCACGGCGCUGCGGAGCAGUUUCCAGACCCUCUCAGCUCCAGUGUCGACUCCAUUCAAACUGCGGCUUCCUACGGCGCCAAUGCGGGCUUUGACAUGAUGAGGAACGACCUCACGCCAUUCCAACCGGCAUCCAUGGGACAGGAUGACAUGAUGUUUCCCCCGGCAUUCGACCUAUCAGCCCGCUACAACAGCUUUGAUCGUCUGGAGGACCCGCAGCAGGACGAUGGGGCCGACUUUGAAGAGGAGAGCCUUGCCCUGCUCGACCCGCGAUUUAGCAGUCCCUUCUUCCAUGCCCCUCCUCGCACGCAGACAUUGAUGGAAUACUACGAUCGCCACAUCUGUCCCUUCCUCGUCGCUUUCGACGGACCAGACAAUCCAUACCGAAUGUACAUCUUGCAGCUGGCCACGCAAAACGAGGGCCUCCAAAACGCCGUUGCGGCUCUAGCACUCAACAACUUUCGCAUGCGUAGAAAGCAGCCGCAAAGGCAGAUUGGCUUCGUGGAAGAAAUCACCGAUGCUUUCGACGGUAUUCCGCGGCAUCCAGACUCAAACGAGCCCACUCCAGAGGAGACAUGUUACAAGCAAAUGUCGAUUGACCAGCUCAACAUGCAACUGACGGAACCUCGGGCAGCGCACGAUGAUUCGGUCGUUGCCACGCUUCUCAUACUGUGUCUGUUCCACGUCUGCGACUCGGGCUUCAGCAAAUUCAAAACCCAGCUGGCUGGCGUGCAGAAGUUGCUCUCGCUGCGGAGUCGUCACGGUCAAUCCGACUUCACGCGAUGGGUGGAGAUGUUCUUCAUCUGGUUCGAUGUCGUGACGAGUGCGGUCAACGACCGAGAGAUGCAGAUCCAGAGCGAAUCGCUGGAUAUGUUGGACUACUCUGCGAAUCUUGGAGCCCUCGAACAGUUCUCCGGAUGCGAUGGAAGGUUGUUCAAGCUCAUUGCGAGACUCGGUCGCCUCAAUCUCUUGGCACAGGGACGGCCGGUCAAACGCCAGGAUGGAGAGAUGAAUCAAAUGCCACGCCCGCCCUCCAAGCGCACGUCAACGCAGCAAUCAGGACGCAAGAGGAAGAUGCAGCACGGCUCCCCCUCAGCGCUGGACUACGACAACGUCGACGGCAAUGGCUGGGGCACACCCAUCAUUUCGUCUGAUGAAGAAGCUGAUUUCUCGCCCGAUGAGACUUGCAACUAUCCUAGCGUCCCUGACGAUCGUCUUGAAUUCUGGUCCGAAUGGAACGACGUCCGCUCGAGAUUGCAAGCCUGGCAAAUGGAUUCUUCCGCUUUCCACAACAGCCCACCGCCAUCCUCCACCUCCGGCCCCGUCUUCGAGAUGGGCCAACGCGACCUUUUACACAUCAACGAAUCCUUCCGCAACUCGGCCCUCCUCUACACCGAACGCCUCGGACAUCCCGUCCUCCCCUCUUCCCACCCCAACUUCCAAUCUUACGUCUCCAAGGCCCUCUACCACAUCACCUCUCUCGAAAUCACCUCGUGCGUCAACAAGUUCCUCCUGUGGCCCCUCUUCAUCGUCGGGACGGAAUGCGUCGACGAAGGCUCUCGGAAUGUGAUACGCACGCGGUGCCAUGAAAUCCAAAAGGAAAGUGGCUUUUACAAUAAUCUGAGUGGGUUGGAAGUUUUGGAGAGGGUCUGGCGGGAGGUGGGGAGUAAUGUGCCCGGAAGCGAGGCGGCCGAGGUGCGGGCGAGACGCAGGGAUUCCGAAGGCGGCAAGACGGGGAAGUAUCGGCAGGCUUUUCGAUGGAGGAAGGCUAUGGAUCGGGUCGAUGGGGAGUAUCUCUUGAUGUAG